AUGGGCAAUUUCGUUGACUACGGCAAUGUCUACCCAACCAGAUAUCUCAACAGCGAUGCCACCGAAACAACGUCCGGGUCGUUGUACGACAACGGCACCUCAAUAACUUUGUCGCCAUCUAAGCCAGCCGUCACUCUCGAUUAUGGAACCGACGUCGCAGGCUUUCCGUUCUUCGUCGCGACUAACAAUGGCGCUGCUGCACAGAUCGAAGUGAGGUAUUCGGAGUCUUUGGUGGCACUCUCGCAUGAAAAUGCUGACGGUCCUUGGACUUUCUCGAACGGUCUAUCUGGCACAUUCCGGGUCGAGACGUUCGAGGUCACUGAGUCCGGGUAUCUGGAGAGUUUCUUCGUACAAGGCGGGCAAAGAUGGCAGUCUAUUCGCUUGCUCGGCAAUGAAUCUAUCACGAUUGAACGUAUUGGGUUCAGAGCGACAAGUGAGCAUACAGCCAUAGACAGGCUUCCAGGUUACUUGAAAACCAGCCAUGACACGUACAACAAGGUCUUCGGCCUUGGAGGGCGCGUGGUGCAAGUUGCGUGCGUCGAUGCUGGCAACGCACCAUCCACUUGGGAACUCACUAAUGAAGGGGCGCUGGUUCGAGGCCAAGCAAGCGCGCAGUCUGCAAAAGGCGUUCUCCUAAAUCCUGCGAACUACACUUUGGAGUUCUCCACAAAAGUCGUCAGAGGCGGAGUAGGAUGGAGGAUCGCCAGCGCUUCUCAACCUUUGGGGCCCUACUUCGUCCUAACCUCCAAUUACCCUGAAGACACCACAUUCAAAAACACGAACAGAACACUCCUACCACCCAAUACCCUGAUCUUCAACAGCGGUUGGAGUAUAGUCAACCAAACGAGUCUAUUAACGCCAGCGAAUCAGCAGUUUCCUCUGAACAUCUCACUUGAGGAGGGAAAAUGGUACCGCAUCAGCACAUCCAUCGAGGAAGACGGAUACCGUGUGCGACUGGACGGAGAAGAACUCGCUCUCGUACCCCUUCCUCCACCGAACACAAGCCCCACUUUUGGCUCAAGAUCUGUUUAUGCAGGCUCUUGGGGCUUUGGUGGCUACCAAGAUCAAGUCGCCGUCUACACUAACGUUUCUGUAACAUCCAGCAAUGGAACGCAAAUCUACCAAAACAACUUAACUUCGAAUGACACUCUUGUUGAGUAUGGUGUCGCACCCCUCGACCAUUCCGUCUGUCUCGACGGCGCAAAACGCGAUCGCCUUGUAUGGACUGGCGAUUUCUAUCAUACAGUCCGCGUGGUAGCGCAGACUACGGCGCGAUGGGAUUAUAUACUGGGUAGCAUCGACAAGGUUCUGGGCUACCAAGUCAGUUCCGGUCCAUAUACUGGCUUCGUACAAAUUAGCCCCGCGCUUGGAACUCGACCCGAAUAUUUAGAAGCGUAUCAGGUCCCUAAAGGCUUGAUUGACUACCAAGACCUCUUCCUGGCCGGCAUUGCGGAGUACUUCCGAUAUACCGGUGAUACGGACGCACUGAAAGCACGAUGGAGUAAGAUCAAGAAACUUGCAGAAGCGAAACUCGCUUUCGUCGACCCUUUUUCUGGCCUCGUGGCCGCUAGCGCGGAGGUAACGACUGGGUAUAGCUUUCUUGGUCCUCCCAACGGAAGUGCAGUCUCAGGACUGUUUGCGUUCACACUGCGCCGACUGGUGCCUCUUGCAGUUGCCUUGAACGACAUAGAAACUGCUGAAACCUUCAAUUCGACUGCUUCCAAAUUGACCCAAGCGAUCAACGAACGUCUCUGGAAUCCAGAUCUGGGAACUUACUCCUUGAGUUUGGAUUCACCCGGGAACUUCUCACUCACUGGCAUUGCGUGGGCGAUUCUCUCUGGUGCGGCGAAUAGUACCCAGAUAGCCUCAUCACUCGCAAAGCUCGAAGACCUCCGUUUUGGCCCUGGCUAUAGGACAUCCUCUGCGGAAGCCGAAUCUCCUAACUACCAACUGGCACCAAACCCGUCUGGCUUCCUUCUUGAAGCCUUGUUCCAAUCGUACCUCAAACAUGGCAGCGACAGCGCGUCAGCUGCAUCGCACCUCCUCGGUGGCCUCUGGGGUAGCAUGGUAAACAAUGACUCAUACUACUCCGGUGCAAGCUGGGAGUACGUGAAGCCUGAUGGUUCGCCUGGUCUUGACUUGUACACGAGUUUGGCGCACCCGUGGGGUGCAGCUCCGUCUUAUGUGUUGCCUGAGUACUUAUUGGGUGUGCGUCCAAUCGCGCCUGGCUACAAGACUUUUGUGAUCAAUCCAGCUGUUGGCUUCCUUGAUCUGAGAGAAGCGAGCGGUAGGGUACCUACUCCCUUCGGCGCGAUCAAGGCGGGAUGGACUGCGAAUGCAACGCAUGCUGUUAUUGAUGUUACUGUUCCAGAUGGCACGGAGGGUGUGCUACGGGUGCCACCGAAAUGGAGGAUCGAUGAAUCGAACAGCUCGACUGGUGGAUUGGAGCUUUUGCCAGGACAAAGCCAGAUUGUAUUGUGUCUAGCUUGA